GAUCAUUUUGUUCUGAGUGCCUUGGAAGGCCGGUCGUUGCGUAAUUCAAAGAAAAGGCUUUCAUCACACCCCGAUAUUCUUCGCGACCCCACUAAUAAAUCUCUUACAGAGGAUACUAUUUCUAUUAAAUCUGAUGAUAGUUCUCACUUUCCAUAUUUAUGUUCAACCGCUCGAUAUUCAAACCUACCUUCAUCUCAUCAUCAAACAUUCAACUCAAGAAAUAGUGUAUCUCAAUCAACUCCUAGCACUCUAACAACGUCUACUACCACAAUUUCUACAGCUGCAACAAAUACAGCUCCUGAUAUUGCGAGUCUUCGUUCUGAUGCCUUAUCUCCCGAAACGGGGUUUGAGUCUUCAAAAAACACAAGUUCAUUGUCCUCAGGAUCCUCAUCUCUGCAACGGUGUCCAUCCUUAGUCUCGAAAGCAGUUUCUUCUCCAUCUUCUCUAUUUUCAGGCCAUACACGUGAUCAAGACUCAUUUUCUUCCAUUUCACUUGAUCUUCCAUCUUCAUUGCCUGGUAUUAUUGAAAAGGAAAAUUCUCUUUCUUCCAGUCCCAAUUUUGGCAUAAGUCGCAAACGCGCUCAUUCUUCAAUUUCUUCCUCUGCUACAUCUGGUACAGUCAAAUCUUUAGGGCAAUCGAAGCGUAGCCAGCAAGAUCUAGCAAGCUCUAACUCUUCUAAACGAGUUAAGCGUCUGAAGAGAGAUGGGGCUAAUUCUGCCUGGCCUGUGGGUCGGAUCCUCGCUACUCCCAUUGCCUCGGCUGGCUCCAAACUCAAAAUAGAUAGAAACGACGAAGCCGCACAUAAGACUGCUGCGGCUGCCGUAGCUGCUGCUGCUUGUCUUGGUGCAAUGCUAUCCUGUCCAGGUUCAGAGUUAGCGGCUCGUUCUCUAGCUGAAAGUCUUGUCAGUGCUCCUUCUAUCGCUUCAACUUUAACCUCUGCGAUAUCCACAGCUACCACAACUGUGACUUCAAUGUCCUCAUCCACAUGUUCUCCAAAUUGCGUUGUUGGAAAGAUUGCUAGUCCAUCUGCUGCCGUCACGGCAGCAACCGCUGCAAUGGCUUCCCGCUUUUUAUCAGUAGUUGCUGGCAAGAAAGGAACAAUGACCUGCAGAGACGAAGAUGAAGAUGGUGAUGACGAAGAUGAAGAUGAGGAAGAGCAGAACGAGGUGGGCAGCAAAUCUUAUGAUCGACAAGUCAGAUGCCAUAGGAUUGAAAGCAUUCUGAAAAAAAAAUCUUCGAUUUCCACUGACUGUUGUGGUUCUUCUAUUCGGCAAUCCUCUCGUUAUCCUAGGGGGGAUAAUCUGGAAUUACAUGGAGUUUCUAAGGAUCUCGACUCCGAUCGGCGAGUUGUAUAUCCAUCUGCUAAAAGAAUCCGAUUUUACCGCUCAGAACCAUCCUACUUCUUUAUGAAUGGUGCCUCUUGCAAGCCUUCUUUAGAAAGAGUGUCCAACAUAUCUUCGAACCUUGAUCAAGAUGUUGGUCUACUUAAGUAA